UGAAGCAGACAGUUGGCUCCAUGGACAAGAAGGUGGUGCUGAUCACAGGCUGUUCCUCGGGAAUCGGUCUCAGCCUGGCUGUCCAGCUGGCCUCUGACCCCGACAAAACAUUCAAAGUGUAUGCCACAAUGAGAAACCUGGCCAAGAAAGAACGGCUUUUAGAGUGUGUGAAAAGCCUGCACAAGGACACCUUAGACAUACUUCAAAUGGACGUGACCUGCCGGCAGUCCAUCCUGGAUGCGAGGGACAGAGUUGUGGAGAAACGAGUGGACAUUCUGGUGUGCAACGCUGGUGUGGGUUUGAUGGGGCCACUGGAGGUGCUGUCUUUGGACUCAAUGAGGCAGAUUCUGGAGGUGAACCUCCUCGGUACCAUCCAGACCAUCCAGGCUUUUCUGCCAGAUAUGAAGACUCAGGGCCAGGGGCGCAUUCUGGUCACCGGGAGCACUGGAGGUCUUCACGGUCUCCCCUUUAAUGAGGUGUACUGUGCCAGUAAGUUUGCUAUAGAGGGAGCAUGUGAGAGUUUGGCUGUCCUCCUGCAACACUUUAAUAUCCACAUGAGUCUCAUUGAGUGUGGUCCAGUUAACACCAACUUCUUGGUCAACCUGCAUAAGACGGAGCUCGGGGAUUCGUCUCUGCAGCAGGUUGAUGCCCUUACACACAGCCUCUAUGAAAAAUACCUGCAGCACUGUGGCUCUGUUUUCCAAAAUGCAGCGCAGGACACGGAUGACAUUGUGAAGGUAUUUCUGGAUGCCAUCCAGUCACCUUGCCCUGCGUUUAGAUACUUUACCAGCGGUGCCGCGCCACCUCUCACCAAACUGAAGAUCACAGAGCCAGAUGGCUCACAGUACAUCAGUGCUUUGAGCAAAAUCAUGUUCUCAGCUGAGGGACAAUAAUUUUGCCUUGUUUUCAACUCAGCCACGACUUGCUCUUCUUUUUUAUGUGCAGAGGUUUAUAUUUUGGCUCUGUCAGUGUUCAUUUCGGGAAUAAAGUUGACGUACUGUGACUCACUGGGGUUACUCAACUAGAGAGGGCAGUAAGUUCAAAGUUUUGUGAGUUCACAGAAAGGAUUGACUCCAUGCUUCUAUUUUAGUGUGUUACUUAUCUAAAGUUGUAUUGUCACAAUAUAAAUAUAUAAAUAUAAGAUUUUAACGAUUUUCUGGUUGGUUGAGAAAUAUUAUAUAAGGAUAAUGUUUUGAGUGAUACAGCAGCUUUUGCAUUCCUGUGGUUGACAGUGUCCUUGCCACACUGGUUGGAAUAUUUUCACAGGGAUCGGCGUGAAUGAACUCCAAGAAUGUUCUUAUGUAAUUUCUGAUUGGCCGAUUUACACAAGCAGGAACGACUUCUUUACUCCAAAGCAUUAAAUUACAAAUUAAAAAGACGGUUCCCACGAUUCUCUAUACUGGCACUGAAAGAAAAAUAUGCAGGAUUGUGUACAUGAAUUGAUGAUAUUAUAUCUAGUAUUUCUUUUUUAAUGCUUGUGUUAGGGGUGCCCCUUUAGGGAUAAAUGAA